GCUUAGAUGCAAUGAUCACUUUGAUUGGGCAGUCGGCACGUGACGACAUACGGAAGUAGUUAAGCUCUCGACUGCAUGAGAACUCCAAAGCCAAAAUAUGGAGCAAAAUAACGAGGAUAACUUGGCCCAGGUGCAGCAUGUGGUGCUGGUGCUGUCUGGGAAAGGAGGCGUGGGCAAGAGCACCAUCACCACGGAGCUGGCUCUUGCUCUGAGGCACGCCGGCAAGAAGGUUGGCAUCCUGGACAUUGACCUGUGUGGACCCAGUAUCCCCCGCAUGCUGAGUGUGGGCCGGCCUGAUGUGCACCAGUGUGACCUGGGCUGGGUGCCGGUCUACACCGAUGCAGAGAAGAGCCUCGCCCUCAUGUCCAUUGGCUUCCUGCUGGACGACCCAGAUGAUGCCGUGGUCUGGAGGGGGCCCAAGAAGACAGCUUUGAUUGGCCAGUUUGUGUCAGAUGUGGCAUGGGGAGAGCUGGACGUGCUGCUGGUGGACACACCCCCGGGGACGUCUGAUGAGCAUUUGGCCGUGCUGGAGAACCUUAAGAAACACAAAGUGGAUGGAGCCAUUCUCGUCACCACACCACAGGCAGUAUCAACAGGGGACGUAAGGAGGGAGAUCACCUUCUGUAAGAAGACCGGCUUACGGAUCCUGGGCAUUGUAGAAAACAUGAGUGGCUUCGCUUGUCCGCACUGCUCAGAGUGCACUAAUAUAUUCUCAAAGGGUGGAGGUGAAGACUUGGCGAAGCUGACAGGUUCAGUAUUUCUAGGUUCUGUGCCCUUGGACCCACUGUUGAGUGCCAGCAUAGAAGAGGGAAAAGACUUCAUCCAGUCAUUUCCUCACAGUCCCACCUUUAGUGCCAUCACCAGUAUCUCUCACACUCUUCUCAACAGCCUCCAGGCAGCCUGAGCCAUGUUUUUCUGUUAUUUCUCAGCACAGUCACAAUAACAAAGUGUUUUGCAGAAUUAUUAACAAUCAUGCAGACAUAACAUUCCUAAGCUGCAUUUUUUUUGUUCAAUAUAAAACUCACUGGACAAUCUCUA